AUGCCAUAUGUAAGCAGAACCAUUAUGCUUUGUUUCGACUGCAAAUUGCUCUUCUUUGUUUCUUCAAUCUUCAUAUAUUUGGAUCUCAGCACAGCUCAACAACCCAUCUUGGUUUACAACUACUGUGACGGCAAUAAUUACACUACUAAUAGUCCAUUUAAUUUCACUCUCAACUGUCUCAUCUCUUCGUUAUCCUCUGCUUCAUUGACGAAUCGAUUCUAUAAUACCACAGCUGGGCAGAAUCUAGAUACAGUUUAUGGCCUCUUCCUUUGCAGAGGUGAUGUUACAUCUGAAGUAUGCCAGAGUUGCAUCAGUACAGCUUCUAAAGAGAUCAUGCAAGGUUGCCUUGUCGAGGAGAUAGCGAUUAUAUGGUAUGACAAAUGCAUGUUACGGUACUCUACCAGUUACAUAUUUUCCAAUCUCGAAGAAACUCCACAAGUUGCUGAAUUUGAUCCUGAAAAUGUUAAUGAUUCGGAGCAGUUUAAUCAGAUAUUAGGUGUUCUGAUGAACAACCUUGUGUCUCAGGCUUCGUCACUUUCUUCGCCCGACAUGUUUGUUACUGGAAAAGAGAACGUUACGACAUUUCAGACGAUAUAUGGGCUAGUGCAGUGCACUCCUGACAUUUCUCAUAGUGAUUGUAAUAGAUGCCUACUAGGAGCUCUUGCUCAGAUUCCGGAUUGUUGCAAUGGAAGUAAAGCUGCAGGUGUUUAUCGACCCAGUUGUAAUUUGAUGUACAGCAUAGAUGCCUUCUUUCAAGAUGGGUCAGCUCCCCCACCUUCUUCAACAGACACAAAUUCCAGAGACAGAAAGAAGAGCAAUACACUUCAUAUUGUGCUUAUCAUCACUAUCCCAACAGUUGUAAUAGUGAUACUUCUCUUUAUCAUGUGCUUCUUCUAUUUACAGAGGAAAAACCGCAAGCGAAAAGACAAUUUUAUGGAUGAGAUUACAAAUGCUGAGUCAUUGCAAUUCAGCUUCAGUUCAAUAACAACUGCCACAAAUAACUUCUCCGACGCUAAUAAGCUUGGGGUAGGCGGAUUUGGUAUUGUUUACAAGGGUACACUACCAGACGGACAAGAAAUAGCUGUUAAGAGACUAUCCAGAAACUCCACACAGGGUGAAGUAGAAUUUAAGAAUGAGGUGGCAUUAUUAGCAAAGCUUCAGCACAGGAAUCUUGUUAGACUCUUAGGUUUCUGCUUGGAAGGAGAAGAAAAGCAAUUAAUCUAUGAAUUCGUCCCCAACCGAAGUCUUGAUUACUUCCUUUUUGAUCCAAUGAAAAGUGCAGAUUUGAAGUGGGAAAGGCGUUAUAGAAUCAUAGAAGGGAUUGCUCGAGGACUUCUUUAUCUUCAUGAAGAUUCUCAAUUUAGGAUUAUUCAUCGGGAUCUUAAACCAAGCAAUAUUUUGCUUGAUGCAGACAUGAAUCCAAAAAUUUCGGAUUUUGGCAUGGCAAGACUAGUUUUGAUGGAUCAGACACGACACAACACUAGCAAAAUUGUUGGUACAUUUGGAUACAUGCCCCCAGAAUAUGCUGUAAGGGGUUUAUUUUCAGUGAAGUCUGAUGCCUUCAGCUUUGGUGUGAUCUUGCUUGAGAUUGUAAGUGGGAAAAAGAUUAGCAGUUUCUACCUCACAUAUGAUGGUCAGACCCACCUUGAAUAUGCCUGGAGACUAUGGCUUGAUGGCAAGGGUCUGGAGUUCAUAGAUCCUUUAUUAAAGGACUCAUGCCCAACAACCGAAGUUCUGAAAUGCCUCCUCAUAGGGCUUUUGUGUGUUCAAGAAGAUGCCAUGUCCAGACCCACCAUGUCAUCUGUAGCUGUGAUGUUGAAGAAGAGACUAGAUGCCCUGCCUCAACCUAGACAACCUGCAUUCCUUAUAGGGAGCAGCAAUGUGCAGUCAGAUGUAUCUUCAGCGAGUACGAAAACUCCUUCAAUAACCCUUUCUAGUUUUUCUGCUAGAUGAGAAA